GUCACUAGAUGCUUCUCCCGAACGUCAUUGCAUCCGACGUUCGUUCGGUUUCCCUUGCACCUGAAAUUUUCCUUCGAGUUUCGAGUGCCGAGAUACAUUGAAUUCGUCGAAAUGGAACGAAAUCCUUCGACGAAACGUCGAGGAACUGGAUGUAAGUGAGAACGAGACCGUGAAUGCAGUGCUUCGAGAGAAAACGUGCAUUUCGAAGAGAAACAAUGACUUCCACCUCGUCGUCCAGUACUACCUCCCUUUGCGUAAAUGCUGACGGUACUCGACGAUACUCGAACGACGGUAUCGACAGAUGCGAUUACCAAGAAAUGGAAAACGCCGGCACAGCCCGACUUCUACCCGCGUACAACGGUCCGCGUGGUAAAACGAAAGGAUUCCUCGAGAACUUACGCGUUGACACAUCUCGCUUUCGCACGAAAGGUGUGAUCAUAAUUGGUAUCGUGGUUGCAGUGAUCCUCAAAAUAAUCAUUGCCAUUGGUCUUUACGCCAUUCAUGACAGUUUAAAAUAUCGCGAAAAUGAAGGAACUCUGUUGCCACCAGAUCCGGAGAACAACCAGCCACCUUCUUGGAGCAAAUUGAGGGUGUUCAAACGUGGCGCUGUUUGCGCCGAUGGUGCACCAUGCGCCGUCAUUGGCAAAAAUAUCUUGGAAAGAAAUGGCUCGGCGGUAGACGCAACGAUCGCCUCUAUGAUCUGCAACGGUCUUGUAAACAUGCAGAGCUUGGGUUUGGGCGGUGGAUUUCUCAUGACGAUUUACGAUAAAGCCGCUGGUCGAGCUUACGUAUUAAAUGCAAGAGAUAGAGCUCCGUUAUUGGCCAACGCGACCAUGUACGCUGGUAAACCGGAGCACGUUUCCUCGAUCGGACCUCUUUCCAUCGCCGUGCCUGGUGAGUUAGCCGGUUACGGGGAAGCUCAUCGAAGAUUUGGCAAAUUACCAUGGGCGGAUCUGUUCGAACCGAGUAUAGAACUAUGCGAAAAGGGUUACACUUUAUCCAAGAUCCAAUACGACGGGUUUGGAUAUAACGAAAAGAAUAUUUACACGGAUCCUACCUUGAAGAAACUGUUCGUUGAUCCAAAAACAAACAAAUUCAUCAACAUCGGUUCGAUCGUAAUACCCAAAACGCUCUGCGAGACGUUAAGAAUAAUCGCUAAAGAGGGUGCUUCGGUAUUGUACAACGGAACGCUCGGCGAGAUCGUUGUGGAGGAUCUGCAAAAAAGGGGCAGUAUCAUUACCAUGAAGGAUUUCAAUGCAUACGGUGCUACGUGGGAGAACCCGAUCGAGGCAGAGUUUUCCAACGGAAUAAAGCUUUUUACUCCGGGUACACCGGGAAGCGGAAGCUUGCUCGAUUUUAUUCUCAACGUUUUCGAUGGCUUCCGAUUUACGUCGGAGAGUUUGUCGGACUUCAACUCGACGAUUCUAACUUAUCAUAGAAUGUUAGAAACUUACAAAUACGCCUAUGCCCUACGUGGUAACAUGGGCGAUAAGGAUUUCGUGAAUAUGACGGAGUUAAACAAUAAUCUAACGUCGAAAGAUUACGCGAAUCAAAUAAGAAUGAAGAUAGAAGACACAAAGACUUGGAACGAUCCGGGACAUUACGGGGCUUCCUUCGAUAGCGGUGCCGAGGAUCAUGGAACGGCACAUCUUUCGGUUUUAGCGCCAAACGGUGAUGCGGUGUCGGUUACCAGCACGAUUAAUUAUUACUUUGGAAGCGGAGUGACGAGCGAGAGAACUGGUAUUCUAUUUAACAACGCCAUGGACGACUUCGGGAUACCAUCGAAAACGAAUUACUUCGGGGUUCCACCUAGUCCCAAUAAUUACAUCGAACCUGGAAAACGACCGAUGUCGUCGAUGGUACCUACGAUCCUGAUCGACGAAAAUGGUAACGUUAAGAUGGUCGUUGGUGCUUCGGGUGGCACUAAAAUCACGACAGCUGUCUCUCAGGUGAUCGCUAAAAUUCUAUGGAUGGGAAACACAGUUAAGGAAGCCGUCGAUGCGCCAAGAAUACAUCAUCAGCUGUUUCCGGCUGAAAUGGCUUACGAGUAUGGUAUACCCAAACAAGUGAUCGACGGUCUGAAGAAUUUGGGAUACAAAACGUCGCGUUAUAGGGAACGUGGUAGCGUGGUGUGCGUAAUUUUUUGCCACAACGGUACCAUCUAUGCGAAUGCGGAUUACCGAAAGGGUGGCGAUGUUUACGGAAUCGAUUGAACGAGCGCCGAACGAAUUAACUCGUACGGUACUUUUGUCAUGAAAAAGAGAAAACGCGCGAGUCGUUUUCUAGUAAAAUUAUUCUCAAUUCCAAUAAAGAGUUUUACACGCUA